AUGGAGUGUAAAGCUAAUUAUCUGAGCCAGCUUGCUUUGCGGUUAGACUACUCGACCUCUCGAAAACGCCGUACCGGUCCUCAUCCUGCCAGUGUCGGCCGGAAACUACCGCUCUCAGCAAACGUCUACUACCUAGCUCUCAUGGGAAAGACUCCUCAUGUUGGUGUCAUAGGAGCCGGAGUGUCUGGGCUCAGGUGUGCCGACAUUCUGGGCCAGAAUGGUGUCAAAGUCACCAUCCUGGAAGCGCGGGAUCGGAUUGGCGGCAGGAUAACUCAGGCUGAUGUUGGUGGAUAUUCGGUUGACCUAGGAGCAAACUGGAUACAUGGGACCGAAGGAAACCCCGUGGACCAGAUCAGCCGAAUAUCAGGUACAACUACUUGUGAAUGGGACGGGGAAGAAACCGUCUUUGAUACUUCCGGCAAGCUUCUUGACGAAGCUACCACUUUGAAGAUCGCAGAGUGGAUGUGGACCACGGUCGACAAGGGCUUUGACUUCAGCACCAGAUCAAAAGACACUAUACCACCCGAAAUGAGUUUAUUCGAUUUUUGUUGCCAGCAACUCGAGCAGACUGAUUUCACUGCGGAGGAAAAGGCCGCAUGUAAGGAGUUUGCCAAGUUCUGGGGUGCAUAUGUCGGCGAGCCCGUGGAGCGGCAAAGUAUGAAAUUCUUCUGUCUCGAAGAAUGCAUAGAAGGGACGAAUUUAUUCGUCGCGUCAACAUAUAAGAACAUCCUCAGCCAUAUCUCGCAGCUGGCUCUUCAACGUGCUGAUCUUUGUCUGAAUUCUCCCGUGGUCAGUAUACAGGCCGCGAAAAGAGAUUUGACACGCGAUCGCCAAAUCACCGUCACAACAGCCGGCGGUCAGAAAUACCACUUUGACGACGUGAUCGUCACAUGUCCAUUGGGAUGGCUAAAGAAGAACAAAUCUGUUUUUAAUCCGACAUUACCCCCGCGCCUCUCGUCCGCCAUUGACAGCAUAUCGUACGGUAGGCUUGAGAAGAUCUACGUGAGCUUCCCUCGCGCCUUUUGGAACAUUCCUACCAAACACACACCGAAUGGUGGUGGCGAAAUGACAGUUGUCAAUGGGUCCGACAUCACCCUGAAUGUAAAUACUGGCCACCACCCUCCGGUGCAUACACAGUGGCUGCAGCCAGACUACGUCAAAGCGCCUUCGACUGAGGGAAGCUGGAAUAUGCAGUGUGUUUCGCUCGCUGCUCUCCCAGAAAAUUGUGCACACCCGACGCUGUUGUUCUAUAUUUAUGGCCCAUGCGCCGCCCACGUGGUAUCGAACAUCAAGGACCUCGAUGAGGCUUCCCCCGCAUACUACGAGUUUCUCGACGAUUUCGUCCGCCCAUUCUACUCUCUCCUUCCAGGCUAUUCGAAUUCAACAAACUGCAAGCCCACCGACUUUCUUGCCUCAAAAUGGAUUUCCGACGACUACGCCGGCAACGGCUCAUAUUCUAAUUUCCAAGUCGGCCUUGAAGCCGGCGACAAAGAUAUCGAGACUAUGCGCAUUGGCGUGGGCCCUGAUCGCGGAAUCUGGUUUGCCGGCGAACACACGGCCCCUUUUGUCGGACUGGGCACAACAACAGGCGCUUAUUGGAGUGGCGAGCGCGCGGCGGGCCAGAUUUGCGAUUUGUAUAGUUUGGGUCAGUUGGGACUUGGGGUGAGAAAGGAUGACUCCUUGCCCAUGGGCACCAACCCCGGGGUGAGUUCGGGGAACACAAUGUUUCACAAGGGAAACAAUGCUAGUCCCCGGGCUUCGACGACUAUUUUGGCCACUGCGGUGGAGAGCCAGUAA